ACACACAGCUGGAGGGAGUGUGCGAGCAGGAGGCGUGUGUCAGACAGUGACUCAGUCCCUGUGUGUGUGUUAGUUAGAGGAAAAUGGCCGACGCGUUCGGACUGCACACGGAAGAGGACCCCGCGGCCGCGUUCCUCGCGCAGCAGCAGCACGAGAUCGCCGGCAUCGAGAACGACGAGGAUGGCUUCGGGCUCGAGCUCGGAUCGCGCGAUGCGCACGAGCCGGCAGAAUCCCAACCGUCACAUUUAAAUUCAAACUCGUUCCAAGCAGAUAUGUUCGGAGGAGCAACUAUGAAUGGAGAGCUGUUUCAGGAGUCUAACGGUGCUACAGACGGUUACGCCGCCAUCGCGCAGGCUGAUGUGCAGCGGCAGGAGCCUGAAAGUUUACGCAAGUGGAGAGAGGAACAGAAGGAACGGCUGGAACAGUUAGAUUCAGCAUCCAAAGAAGCAGAAGUUGAGUGGAAGGAGAAGGCCAAGAAGGAGCUGGAGGACUGGAAUGCUCACCAGCGGGAGCAAAUGGAGAAAAAUAAAGUCAACAAUAGAGCAUCAGAGGACGCCUUCCUGAAGGAGUGUGACGACGACAGCCCCGGCACCGAGUGGGAGAAAGUGGCGCGGCUAUGCGACUUCAACCCUAAGACGAGCCGCCAGACGAAGGACGUCUCCCGAAUGCGCUCGGUCCUCAUUUCGCUGAAACAGACGCCGCUGGCUCGCUAAAGGCCUCGUCUCACUUCACUUCGCAUCACGUCUCAACCAUUCUCUUCUCUUCCCCUCGUCAUGUAUCUCUCCCUGUCCUGUACUGUCCUGUCAUUCUGGCACUUUAUUUUAUCACACACUAAACAGUUGAAUUUAAUUUUUUUUUCUUUCUUGUCUAUCAUGUAAGGUGUAUGGUGUAUUGAAACUUGGUGUUUUUUUUUCUCUUUCUGUUACAUAUAAUCUGUAUCAACUGACUGAAAAGCAUUUUUCUGAAUCGUUUAA